UUCUCGCAGCACUCGUUCAUUUCUGCGCCAGUCAUCGGCAAGUGAGGUUCGUCUUGUUUUAAAGUUCGGUGAAAUUUGUUGAAAAAAUAGUGCUAUGACACUUUUAAAGUGUUGAAAUUUCCUGGAAAAUUGAUCUCAAGAGAUGAGAUGACUGCAACGGAAAUGACUGUCAAGUAAGAAGAAGCAGAAACCUGAGCCCUUGAGAAAAGGUGUUUUUGUGAACUUGUGAGAAGUGUAAACAUCAUCCUGCCGGCCAAAGUGGCGGCACCCGAGAUCGAAGCGCAAUGUAUUUAUACAACUUUAUCCUACAGCGCGCCACUGGCAUAACCCACGCGGUCCAUGGCUGCUUCGCCGGAACCAAACAGCAGGAGAUCCUGCUGUCCAAGGGCAAGAGCUUGGAACUGGUCCGACCGGAUCCGAACACGGGCAAGGUGCACACGCUGCUGCAGACGGAAGUCUUCGGUGUGAUUCGGUCGCUGAUGUCCUUCCGGCUGACCGGUGGAACCAAAGAUUAUGCCGUCGUCGGUUCAGAUUCGGGACGAAUCGUCAUCUUGGAGUACAAUCCGGCCAAGAAUCAACUGGAGAAGGUUCACCAGGAAACGUUCGGCAAGUCCGGAUGUCGUCGGAUUGUGCCGGGACAAUUUUUGGCCAUCGACCCCAAAGGUCGCGCCGUCAUGAUCGGGGCCAUCGAGAAGCAGAAGCUGGUCUACAUUCUGAAUCGUGACUCGGAAGCCAGAUUGACUAUCUCAUCUCCGCUGGAGGCACACAAAUCGAGCACUCUGACCUACCAUAUGGUCGGAGUGGAUGUCGGAUUUGAAAAUCCUAUGUUCGCAUGUCUGGAAAUUGACUACGAAGAAGCGGAUUUGGAUCCUUCGGGAGAGGCGGCGGCCAAAACACAGCAGACUUUGACAUUCUACGAAUUGGAUCUCGGAUUGAAUCACGUGGUCCGGAAGUACUCGGAACCGCUGGAAGAACACGCCAAUUUCCUGAUCUCCGUUCCGGGUGGCAAUGACGGCCCUUCGGGUGUGCUGAUUUGCUCGGAAAAUUAUUUGACGUAUAAGAAUCUUGGAGAUCAGCAUGAUAUUCGUUGUCCGAUUCCCAGAAGGCGUAACGAUCUGGACGACCCGGAACGGGGAAUGAUCUUCAUCUGCUCGGCCACCCAUCGUACCAAAUCGAUGUACUUUUUCCUGGUUCAGACCGAGCAGGGAGACAUCUUCAAAGUCACAUUGGAAACCGACGAUGAUGUCGUUUCGGAGAUCAAGCUCAAGUAUUUCGAUACGGUUCCUCCGGCAACCGCAAUGUGCGUGUUGAAAACAGGUUUUCUGUUCGUGGCUUGUGAGUUUGGCAACCAUUACCUGUAUCAGAUUGCUCACCUUGGCGAUGACGACGAUGAGCCAGAGUUCAGUUCAGCUAUGCCACUGGAAGAGGGGGACACUUUCUUCUUUGCACCUCGCCAGCUGAAGAAUUUGGUCAUGGUCGACGAAAUCCACUCGUACGCUCCUAUUCUGGGCUGUCAAGUUGCCGAUUUGGCCAAUGAAGACACUCCACAGUUGUACCUGGCUUGUGGUCGUGGACCCCGUUCGUCGAUCCGAGUGCUUCGGCAUGGAUUGGAAGUUUCGGAAAUGGCCGUUUCCGAACUGCCCGGUAAUCCGAAUGCUGUCUGGACCGUCAAGAAACGUAUUGAUGAGGAGUUCGAUGCGUACAUCAUUGUGUCCUUCGUGAAUGCCACUUUGGUGCUGAGUAUUGGCGACACCGUCGAGGAAGUCACCGACAGUGGCUUCCUGGGAACGACGCCAACGCUGAGCUGUUCGGCUCUCGGCGAUGACGCCCUGGUUCAGGUUUAUCCGGACGGUAUUCGGCACAUCCGGGCAGACAAGCGUGUCAACGAGUGGAAGGCCCCGGGCAAGAAGACCAUCACCAAGUGCGCCGUCAAUCAGCGGCAGGUGGUUAUUGCGCUUUCCGGCGGGGAGCUGGUGUAUUUCGAGAUGGAUCCGACCGGCCAGCUCAACGAAUACACCGAGCGAAAGAAAAUGCCCAGCGAUGUGAUGUGCAUGGCCUUAGGGUCGGUUCCGGCCGGAGAGCAGCGCUCCUGGUUCUUGGCCGUCGGUUUGGCAGACAAUACGGUGCGUGUCAUUUCCCUUGAUCCCAGCGAUUGUCUUUCGCCCCGGUCCAUGCAAGCCCUGCCAUCGGCUGCCGAGUCCCUUUGCAUAGUCGAAAUGGGAACCGGAGAUACUAACGAGGAGGGUGUUGCCUCGUCCGCCGGUUGCAUCUAUUUGAACAUCGGGUUGACCAACGGAGUCCUAUUGCGUACGGUGUUGGAUCCGGUUUCUGGCGAUUUGGCCGAUACCCGAACCCGAUAUCUGGGAUCUCGCCCGGUGAAACUGUUCCGCAUCAAGAUGCAGGGAUCGGAAGCCGUGCUGGCCAUGUCCAGUCGAACUUGGCUGAGCUAUUACUUCCAGAAUCGAUUCCAUUUGACGCCACUGUCGUACGAGACUUUGGAGUACGCGUCUGGAUUCUCCAGCGAACAAUGUUCGGAGGGUAUCGUAGCCAUUUCAACCAACACGCUGAGAAUUUUGGCGCUGGAAAAACUAGGCGCAGUGUUUAACCAGAUCACAUUCCCCUUGGAAUAUACGCCGAAACGCUUCCUGAUUCACAACGAGACAGGAAAGCUGGUCAUCAGCGAAACCGAUCACAAUGCUUACACGGAGGAAACGAAAAACAUCCGUAAGAAGCAGAUGGCCGAUGAGAUGAAAGAAGCUGCCGGAGAGGACGAGCAGGAGUUGGCCAAUGAGAUGGCCGAUGCAUUUAUCAACGAGGUACUUCCUGAGGAUGUAUUUUCGGCGCCUAAGGCCGGUACCGGAAUGUGGGCUUCGCAGAUUCGAGUGAUGGAUCCGAUCAAUGGACAUACAUACUCGAAGGUACAGUUGGCACAGAACGAAGCCGUGCUAUCGAUGGCCUUGGUGCGAUUUGCUGUGGAUCAGAAAUGGUACGUCGUGGCCGGAGUUGCCAAGGAUCUCCAGAUGAACCCGAAGAUAGCGAAUGGCGGAUUCAUAGAUGUGUACAAGUACGAUGUCCACACGCAUCAACUAGAGCACUAUCACAGGACGGAGAUCGACGAUGCUCCAGGGGCGAUUGCCGGAUUCCAAGGACGAGUUCUGGUUGGAGUGGGACGAGUGUUGAGGAUCUACGAUCUCGGCAAGAAGAAACUUCUGCGGAAAUGCGAGAACAAACACAUUCCCAAUCAGAUCGUCAACAUUCAAGCAAUGGGAUCGAGAGUGUUCGUCUCCGACGUCCAGGAAUCGAUCUACUGCAUUAAGUACAAACGGGCUGAGAAUCAGUUGAUCAUCUUCGCUGACGACACCCACCCGAGGUGGAUCACAACGUCCACUCUGCUGGAUUACGACACGGUGGCAACGGCUGACAAGUUCGGGAACAUCGCUAUCCUCCGACUGCCGCACUCGGUUUCGGACGACGUCGACGAAGAUCCAACCGGAAACAAAGCCCUGUGGGAUCGAGGUCUGCUAAACGGCGCCUCGCAAAAGGCCGAGAACAUUUGUACAUUCCAUCUGGGCGAAACGAUCAUGUCCCUGCAGAAGGCCACCCUCAUUCCGGGUGGUUCCGAAUCGCUGAUUUACGCCACGAUGAGCGGAACGGUGGGAGCUUUGGUGCCUUUCACCAGCCGGGAAGACUACGACUUCUUCCAGCACUUGGAGAUGCACAUGCGCAACGAGAACACGCCACUGUGCGGUAGGGAUCAUCUGAGCUACCGGAGCUACUACUACCCGGUGAAGCACGUCAUGGAUGGGGAUCUGUGCGAACAGUUCACCUCGAUGGAUCCGGCCAAGCAGAAGAGCAUCGCGUCGGAUUUGGGACGAACGCCGAACGAGGUGGCGAAGAAGCUGGAAGACAUCCGGACGCGGUACGCGUUCUAAGGAGUUGAGAUUUGUGAGGAAGCGUCUGAUUUGAUGUACUGUAGAGUAACUUUUUAAGAUAUUCAUACUAAACAGCAUUGCGAUUCUCCAACCACUGAUUCACUAGAAUGACUAUCCAACCCAAGUUACUUGGAGCAAAGCUAUUUAAAUCUAAUUAAGGUACCGUAAACGUACCAUAUUUGACGCGGGUCCAAACUUGACGCAUUUUCUAAUUAAUGUUAUCAUAAAUUAAUUCUAGAUCAGACUAGCACUCAAAAAUGUAUUGCUUAAUCUUUAUUUACAUGUUAUUGAAGGAUUCCAAUCGAAAAAAGUUUAUAUUUGAUUGAUAAUAGUUAAAAAAUAAAAUUUAUUUGAAAAUGCAUCCGACAAGUGCGUCAAUUUUUUCAUUCCUUAGUGAAUGUGCUAACUAUUGUUGAUCAAUUUUCGUGAAAUUAUUGUGCUGUUUGACAGCAAUAUAAUCAACAACAGUCAGUAAUAUUAUUUUAUUCAUGAAUUGACGUCGAAAGUUUUCUACUUUUAAGCUUUAAGACAUAUUGUUGUAUGAAAAUCUUGUGCGUCAAGUUAGGCACACAAUGUUCCUAAUUAUUUGCUAUUUUGUUCAGCAUGUUUUGUUGAAUCGAAAAUAGGAAAAUAAAUAUUUAUGGUGCUUGCAUUCAAAAAAUCCGUCCGCAGAACAAUCCGAGGCUUUAUGUAAUCGGAUGUAAAGGGUCAUCCAUAGAUUACGUCACGUUUUUAGGAAGAGGAGGAGGUUCAAGGAAACGCAACGAUUCAUACAAAAUAUUCGCACUUUUCAUAAAAUAAAUGUGGCCAAGGUUGAGAGGGGUUGAAAAUUGUACAAUUUAUCGCGGUUUAUGGACGUCCCCUAAUGUUUCAAGGAAGCUUCAAUAAAUGCGUCAGGAGGUGAGGUGUAGGUUCAAUGAUUUGUUUCGUAUAAUUUAUACAAUAGGGGGUGUGUCCAUGAGAUACGUGUCACAAAAACAUACCAUUUUCUACAAAAACCCCGCCCAUUCGCCCUACUUCACACUUUUUAUAUGGA